AUGAUCUUUGUACCGAACAUGAUUGUUGUAGUGACGAAGGGGAAGAAUGCAGGCAAGAAGGCUGUGAUUAUAAAGCACCUUGAGGGAAAGUAUGUGCUGACGGCGUGCGUUGUUAGAAUUCCCAAGGAGUCUGAGGAUCACGAGCCUAAAUGGAUGAAGAGAAGGAAUGCAAAGCUCUAUGUUAUACUGAAGAAGUACAAUAUCAAGCAUUUGAUAGCAACAAGAUACAAAGCAGACAUAGGGCUGAGUGCGGCAGACUACAAUGGGAUUGGCGAAAGUGAGGAGACCAAGAAGGUGCUUACUGAGAGGACGAAGGAUGUGAUGAUAAGCGCAUUGAAGGAGAACAAGGCUAAGUUUCUGUUUACAACCCUGAGCUUUUAG